AUGUCAGUUCCAAAUAUCAGCAGCUUGACCCCAGGCUCAUUCAUCCUCAAUGGCAUCCCAGGGAUGGAAGCAGUGCAUAUGUGGAUCUCUCUCCCAUUCUGUACCAUGUAUAUCAUCGCCCUCACAGGGAACUUUGGCCUCAUGUACCUCAUCUACUCUGAGGAUGCUCUGCAUUGGCCCAUGUACAUCUUCCUGUCUCUGCUGUCCUUCACAGAUGUGCUUAUGUGUACAAGCACACUGCCCAACACACUGUUCAUCUUUUGGUUCAACUUCAGGGAGAUUAACUUCCAUGCUUGCCUGGUUCAAAUGUUCUUUGUACACACCUUCACAGGGAUGGAGUCUGGGAUGUUCAUGCUCAUGGCCCUGGACCUCUAUGUGGCCAUCUGCUUCCCCCUACACUAUGGUACCAUUCUCACCAACCACAUCAUCGCCAAGGCUGGGCUUCUUACCUUCCUGCGGGGUGUGAUGCUGGUCAUUCCUUUUACUUUGCUCACCAAAAGGCUUUCCUACUGCCGAGGGAUUAUCCCCCACACCUACUGUGACCACAUGUCUGUGGCCAAAGAGUCCUGUGGCAAUGUAAAGGUCAAUGCUGUCUAUGGUUUGAUGGCUGCCCUGCUCAUUGGGGUCUUUGAUAUUCUCUGUAUCACUGUCUCCUACACCAUGAUACUCAAGGCAGUGAUUAGUCUGAAAUCUGCAGAUGCUAGGCAGAAGGCCUUUGGGACAUGCACAGCUCACCUCUGUGCCAUUGUCAUCACUUAUGUCCUGGCUUUCUUCACCUUCUUCACCCACCGCUUUGGAGGCCACACCAUACCUCCUCACAUUCACAUCAUUAUGGCCAAUCUUUAUCUGCUCCUGCCUCCUACGAUGAACCCCAUUGUCUAUGGGGUAAAGACUAAGCAGAUUCGGAACUGUGUCAUUCGAUUCUUCCUACAGAAAAAAGAUGCUUCUUCUCAAAGCAUAUGA